AUGAAUGAAAUUGAAGAAUUAACAUUUGUAAUCGAUAAUUUUUCGAAAAAACAACAUACGUUUCUACGUUUGUACAAUAAUACCAAAAGUUGGGAACUACCUACAUAUUAAAAACAGUUUAUACCAAUUUUCGUAUCUACUUUUUCAGAAAUCUGAAUUUUAGAUACGCAUUAUAAAGGAUGAUCAUAUUAUAACUUGUACACUAUUAUGGAGUACAACAUAAUACGUAGCUUGGAAUGAAAAUGUUUCAUCCACGACUGUUACGAAUGAUAAUAAUAAUAGUAGUAAAUGGUAUGUAUGGGAGUUACAUAUUAUUUAAGCACGCUCGCCACGAAUUCGUCGGGCCAGCUGGAUAUCCUUGGGCAUGAUUGUUACACGCUUCGCAUGGAUGGCGCACAAAUUUGUGUCCUCAAACAAACCGACCAAAUACGCUUCUGAUGCUUCCUGCAAAGCUCCGAUUGCAGCACUUUGAAAACGUAGAUCAGUUUUGAAAUCCUGUGCGAUUUCACGAACCAAUCUUUGGAAAGGUAAUUUUCUAAUCAACAACUCAGUUGACUUUUGGUAUCUUCUAAUUUCUCGAAGAGCUACUGUACCAGGUCUAAAAAUUAUAAUUAUAAUUGUGUAUAUAUAUAUAUAUAUAUAAUAUUUAAUGUUUAUACAUAUGUUUAAAGCAUAAUCUAAUAUUUAGGAGAUACCUGUAUCGAUGUGGUUUUUUUACACCACCAGUGGAUGGUGCACUUUUACGUGCUGCCUUUGUAGCUAACUGUUUACGAGGUGCUUUACCUCCAGUUGAUUUACGAGCUGUCUGCUUAGUACGUGCCAUUUUUCACUCUGAAAUAAUAUAAACUUGGUUAGAAAAAAGAAUUCUAAUCAUAUAAUGUUUUUACACCAAAUCAGAAAAUUUUAAUUGACCGUACUGAAAUGUGGAAAAAAUUCUACGAUUCCCAUUGUUCACUAAUUUUCAUAAAAAAUUCAUAAAUUCUAAAGACACUUAUUACUUGAUGUAAUUAAAUUUCAGAUCCACAUAAAUAUACGACCAAAUAUUAUUAUACAAACUCAUAAAGUUCACUAA